AUGAAGCUGCAGGCGGUGAUGGAGAACCUGCAGCGGCAGCAGCGCGCCCGGCUGCAGCAGGCGCUGGAAGCGCGGCAGCAGGAGCAGCAGCAGCAGCAGCAGCGCUCCACGCCCCCCCCGGCGCAGCCCCCGCCGGCACCGGGGCAGACCCCAGCCCGGGGCCGAGGUCCGGACCCGGCCCCGGCCCCCUCGGAGGAAGGAGCGGAGCCCGAGAACGCGCACAUCCAGCGGGCGCAGAUGGCCGCCCUGGCCGCCAUGCGGGCCGCUGCCGCCGGCCUCAGCCACUCGUCCAGCCCGGGGCUGUCGGAGGAGAGCCAGGCCUCCGAGGAGGAGGAGCGCGGCGAGGAGGAGGAGGAAGAGGAGGACGGCGGCUACCAGCAGGAGAUGGGCUCCGAGGAAGAGGAGGAUCUGAAGGGCAAAUGGGAUGAAGAGGACUUCGAGGAGGACCUGGGCGAGGAAGAGGAGGAGGAAGAAGAGGAGGAGGAGGAGGAGGAGGAAGAAGAGGAAGAGGAAGACUACGAGGAGGAGGAAGACAUGGGCGAGGAGGGGCUGAGCUCGGCGGAGGCGGUGCGGACGGGCCCCGGGUCCCUGCUGCUCCGCAAGCCGCCGGCGCCGCAGCACUGCCGGGGCGAGGCGCAGCGGCCGCCGGGCGGGCAGGAGCGGCUCCCCGCCGGACUGGGCCCCCAGGGCCACGCGCAGCUCCCGCAGCCGGCGCCCGACCACGGCGACUGGACCUACGAGGAGCAGUUCAAGCAGCUGUACGAGCUGGAUGGCGACCCCAGGAGGAAGGAGUUCCUGGACGACCUCUUCAGCUUCAUGCAGAAGCGAGGGACCCCCGUCAACCGGAUCCCCAUCAUGGCCAAGCAGGUGCUGGACCUGUACAUGCUCUACAUGCUGGUGACGGAGAAGGGCGGCCUGGUGGAGGUCAUCAACAAGAAGCUGUGGCGAGAGAUCACCAAGGGGCUCAACCUGCCCACCUCCAUCACCAGCGCUGCCUUCACGCUCCGCACCCAGUACAUGAAGUACCUGUACCCCUACGAAUGUGAGAAGCGGGGGCUGAGCAACCCCAACGAGCUGCAGGCGGCCAUCGACAGCAACCGGCGGGAGGGCCGCCGGCAGGGCUUCGGCAGCUCGCUCUUCACCUACUCACCCGGCGGCACCCACGGCCUCCUCUCCUCGCCCAAGCUGCCGGUGCCGGCCCUGGGACUGGCCUCGGCCACCAACGGCGGCUCCAUCGCGCCCGUCCAGAAGAUCAAGAAAGAGGAGGACGCACCCAUCCCCAUCUCCAUGCCCAGCCGGCUCCCGGUGUCCCUGGCAGGGCACCCGGUGGUGGCAGCGCAGGCUGCGGCCGUGCAGGUGGCGGCGGCCGCCCAAGCCGUGGCUCUGGAGCAGCUGCGGGAGAAGCUGGAGUCCGGGGAGCCCCCGGAGAAGAAGAUGGCGCUGGUGACGGACGAGCAGCAGCGGCUGAUGCAGCGGGCGCUGCAGCAGAACCUCCUGGCCAUGACGGCCCAGCUGCCCAUGAGCAUCCGCAUCAACAGCCAGGGCACGCGCUCGCCAGAGAACCGCCAGGACUCCUCCGGCAGCCUGAGCAGCAACGGCACCAACAGCAUCAGCAUGUCGGUUGAGAUCAACGGUAUCGUCUACACAGGUGUGCUGUUUGCCCAGACGCCCGGCCCUUCCUCCUCCUCCUCCUCCUCCUCCUCCUCCGCCUACAGCAAAGGCAACGGCAGCAACGGCGGCGGCAGCCGCAGCAGCGGGAACAGCGGCGGUGGGGCGGGGGGCGGCGGGGGCAGCGUCCCCCCCGCCACCCCGGCCGCUCUGGCUGUGCCCCCCCCCAGCUCUACCUCCAACAACGCUUCGCCUUAACGCCCCCGCCGCCCCCGGUGUCGCCUCUCGCCAAAGCCAACAGAGGUGACGGGGGCAGAGCGUGCCCACCACCGCCGCGGCAGGCCGGGGGGCUCGCGGCGCUGCUGGCGAGGGAGGGGAGGAAGCUUCAGCCCCGGGGGUUUCAUUAAAGGCUGCCUGGGCUUGGAGCCACCGCGGUCCCCGAGCGCUCCGAGCGGCGCGCGGUCGGCCCAGACCUGUUUACCUCACACACAUCACACUUUGCACUGUACAUUUAUUAUUAUUAUUAUUAUUUUUUAACUCGUGUUACCUCCAGACAGACGUCCAGACGCCUGCCAACGCGAGCUUUAAUGAAACCUCCUGGCACUCUUUAAAGGAAAAAAAAAAGAUAAAAAAAAAAUUGGAAAUCGGGAGAUAUUUUAUUCAUUUAGAUCCUUUUUCUUCCCCCUUUAUUUGAGAACUACACUCACUAUAUGGGAUUUUAAGAGGUUGUUGUUUGAUUGUUUUGUUGUAAAUAGCUUCUAUUUUAUUCUCUAAAAAGAAGAAAAAAGAAUCAAACUUUAACAUGCAAAUGAUAUAUAUUAGCAUUCAUCAGGGAAGCAGGAGCUGGGGAACCUUGUAACCUCCUUUUUCUUUUCCUCCCGGGGCGAGCGAUGUCCGUGCUGAGCCGCGCUCCUCGCCCGGGGAACGCCGCGGGCUCUGCGCGGGGCCGGGGGGCUCCGUCCGCUGCUGCAGGGCUGCGGGGAGCGGGCGCCCACCACCUGCCCGCGCCCCCCGGCUGCCCCCACCCAGUCCCCGAGGCAGGCACCGAGCAGGGCGAGGAGCCCGGCCCCGUGCGGUGGGACCCCCCCGGGGACGGCCGCGUGCUGCAUGCUUUCAGCUUGUUGCUUUGAGUUCUCGGUGGAGAAAAUGGACUCGGAUGGGAACCCGCGGCCCCAGCGCACCCGGCCCGGCACCAGUGCUUGGGGCGGCAGGCGCGGUGCUGGGAGGGGAGCGGCGCUCGGGGACAACCGGCGGCUCCCGGGGGCUCCCGCAGCGGCCGGGGCAGGCGGACUCGGGGUGGCCAGGACCAGGCCGUCAGCACGGGCCCGGUCCCCGGCGUUCCCCCCGAUUUCCCCAUUUGGUGCCCGUCCCUCUGCCCGGAGCCGGGCUGCGUUGUCAGGUCGCUGUUUUCUGUCCCCCCUCUCCCCUGUAAGGCGAUACUACUGUGCAGAUCCAGUUUGGGCACAUUUUCCCCCCCUCCGCCAGGUCCAGGCCGAGGUGACACCCGAUCUGUUAUUCACGCUUCAAGCAGCAAACUGGUUUUGUUUGCACUGGGGACGGGCGUUUUGUUUGUGAUACUGGGGAGCGCAGCCAGAGGAAUCAGGAAAAUCUGGUGGCGGUGGCUGGGCUGCGGCGGCUCCCUGGGGCCGAAUUGUGUUUUCUCGGCUGCUCCCCGUGCCCCAGGCACCGGCUCAGGGGGGGCCGUGCGGGGCGAGCUGUGGCCACCCAGCACCUGGGGGAGCCCCCAGCACCCUCCCGCCCGGUCCGGAGGCGCUCCCCCUCGCUUAAACCAGCAGGAACCUGGAGACGAUGUCCUCAGAGCAAGGCCAAAGGGCUGCGCUGGUGCACGGUGCUGGUCCCGAUGGUGUUUGUGCCGGCUCAGCUCUGGACGCUGCCCCGGGCCACGUUGGUGCGCGGCGCUCCUGCGGGUGCUGCUCGGGAUGGUUUUCGUGGCCGUGCGGCUCCGGGUUGUGGCCGUGGCGGGGCUGUUGUGGGCGCCCGUCGGAGCUGCGUCUCAGCACGCCGCUGCUCCCCGCCGAAGCCGUGCAUGAUGCAAUGCAGGAUGCUGUUGCGGGUGGCGUCCACACGAUGCUCUCCCAGGGCGUGCCCCGGGGGUGCUCGUGGCGCCGUGGGGUGCUCUGCGGGUCCCAAAGGACACUCCGCGGUCCUUUGGGAUCCCCAGAGUCCCCCCCAGCCCCAGCACGGGGCGUUUAUUUUAAGCUUUGCUCUGCUUUAGCCGUGCGGGUUUCAGCUUUCCUCUCCCUUCGACAUUUUCUGGCCGCCCUACCCCAAAAAACGUUAGCCCAAGCCAUGCACAUCUGCGUGAGACACAAUCGCGACCUGAUACCGACCCCCCCAAAUCGGUAUCUCGAUUCCUCAGGUUUCGACGGCGAGCACAGGGUUUGCCCCCCUGCCCUGCGCGGACCCCCCCGGCAGCACAGAUGCUCCCCCCUCCCCGGCUUGGGACGGGGACGCAGCGAUCUCAGGGGAUUUGGGGUUUUCCAGCCCGUUUUUGCUGGCAGGGAGGGAGCCGCCUUGUGAGCACCCCCCCCAGAAUGCUGGAAAUGCCCUCGGGUGGCUUUGCAGCGCCCCAGGGGUGCCGGGGGAGGGGGGGGGCACUCGUCUUGUGCUGCUUUUAGGAUCCAGCCCAAGUCCCCGGAAACCCCGGGAAGCGGGCGGCUGCGGGGUCUCCUUGUGGCCGGGCGGUUUAGAGCUUUAGUGAGUUUUGCAUUUGUACAGUCACUGUUUUUUCUGGUUUUGUUUUUUUUUUAAUUAUUUUUAACCCCCCCCCCUUUUUUUUUGAGAGAGAGAGCGCAUAUCACCUUCCCCUUUAUUUUCUUCUUGCAUAUCGAUUAAAAAAAAUCAGUUUCUCUGGGGUUUGAAAAGAAAAAGGAAUGGACACAGCUGCAGACGCAUUUAUCCAGCGGGCAUAUCUUAACUCAGGUAAAAAAUGAAAAAAAAAAAACACACAAAAGACAAAAAAAAGAAAAAAGAAUAAAAACCACAUUCUACCUCUGAGAGCGGCGGCCUCGGGCACACUGUCCCGAGCCCCCGGUGAAAUAUUUCAGUUUUUCAAACAUUCAGGUAUUGAAACUUUUGAUUAUUAAAAAAGAUAAAAUAAAAUAAAAACACUGAAAGUUUACAUUUUAUAAUAACAUUAUUAUACAGAUUGUAUUUAAACUUCAGAAUAUUUAAGACAAUUGUAACCCUGUAAAGUUGAUGA